AUGCCCCACGCCCCGCGCGCUGGGUGUCUGAAGGACCCCGAGAUCUCAGAGCUCUUCUUUAAGGAGGAUCCCGAGAAGCUCUUCUCUGACCUGAGAGAGAUCGGCCAUGGCAGCUUCGGCGCCGUCUACUUUGCACGAGAUGUGCGCACCUCUGAGGUGGUGGCCAUCAAGAAAAUGUCCUAUGGCGGGAAGCAAUCCAACGAGAAAUGGCAGGACAUAAUUAAGGAAGUGAAGUUCUUACAGAGGCUAAAGCAUCCUAACAGUAUAGAGUAUAAAGGAUGCUACCUGCGUGAACACACGGCAUGGCUUGCAAUGGAGUACUGUUUGGGUUCUGCCUCAGAUCUCCUGGAGGUGCACAAAAAACCUCUGCAGGAGAUGGAAAUAGCGGCGAUUACUCACGGUGCUUUGCAGGGUCUGGCGUACCUUCAUUCGCACAACAUGAUUCACAGAGACAUCAAGGCUGGGAACAUCCUGCUGACAGAGCCAGGGCAGGUCAAACUGGCAGACUUUGGCUCGGCCUCCAUUGCCUCUCCGGCCAACUCUUUUGUGGGCACUCCAUAUUGGAUGGCCCCUGAAGUGAUUUUGGCCAUGGAUGAGGGUCAGUAUGAUGGGAAGGUGGACGUCUGGUCUCUGGGAAUCACUUGCAUUGAGUUAGCUGAGAGGAAGCCUCCACUGUUCAACAUGAAUGCAAUGAGUGCCUUAUACCACAUAGCACAGAAUGAGAGCCCAACACUGCAGUCCAGCGAAUGGACGGAUUACUUCAGAAAUUUUGUUGAUUCUUGCCUUCAGAAAUUGCCCCAGGACAGGCCUAACUCUGAGGAGCUGUUGAAGCACGCAUUUGUUCUUCGGGAGCGGCCGGAGACUGUUUUGAUGGACCUGAUUCUGCGGACCAAAGAUGCAGUGCGAGAGCUGGACAACCUGCAGUACCGUAAGAUGAAGAAGAUCCUGUUCCAGGAGGCGCACAACGGCCCUGCAGCAGAGGCAGCCGACGAGGAGGAGGAGUCGGAGCCCAGCGUGGGCCGUACGGGUACGGUGAACAGUGUGGGCAGUAACCAGUCCAUCCCCAGCAUGUCCAUCAGUGCCAGUUCCCAGAGCAGCUCCGUCAACAGCCUGCCCGACGCCGCUGCUGCCGAAGAUGACAGGAGCCAACUGGACGUAAUGGCGGGAGAUCACACGGUCAUAUCCCACGGCUCUGUCAUCCACCUCAAACCGGAAGAAGAGGGUAAUCAGGAGGACCCGGAGGCUCAGGGUCGACAGUCAGAGCCGCAGUCUCCCCCAGCACCGGCGCCCCGCCGUCAUUACCGCAACCGCGAGCACUUUGCCACUAUUCGCACAGCCUCACUGGUGACGCGUCAGAUCCAGGAGCAUGAACAGGACUCGGAGCUGAGAGAGCAGAUGUCUGGGUACAAGCGCAUGCGGAGGCAGCAUCAGAAGCAGCUGCUGGCCCUGGAGAAUAAACUAAAGGGAGAGAUGGACGAGCACCGGAUGAAGCUGGACAAGGAGCUGGAGAGUCAGAGGAACAGCUUUGCCUCCGAAAUGGAGAAACUCAUCAAGAAACACCAGGCCGCCCUGGAGAAAGAGAUAAAGGCUUUUGCCAGCGAUGAGAAGAAAUUCCAACAGCACAUUCAGAGCCAGCAGAAGAAGGAGCUCACCAGCUUCCUGGAGUCCCAGAAACGGGAUUAUAAACUCCGCAAGGAGAAACUCAAAGAGGAGCUGAGUGAAAACCAGUCGACGCCAAAGAAGGAGAAGCAGGAGUGGCUUUCAAAGCAGAAGGAGAACAUCCAGCAUGUCCAGGCGGAGGAGGAGGCCAACCUGCUCCGUCACCAGCGUCAGUACCUGGAGCUGGAGUGCCGCAGGUUCAAGCGGCGCAUUCUGCUUGCACGUCACAACGUGGAGCAAGACCAGGCACGGGAGGAACUGAAUAAGCGACAGACGCAGAAGGAUCUAGAACACGCCAUGCUGCUGCGACACCACGAGUCCAUGCAGGACCUGGAGUUCCGGCACCUGACCCAGAUCCAGAAGGUCCGGUCCGACCUGAUCCGCACACAGCACCAGACCGAACUCACCAACCAGCAGGAGUACAACAAACGCCGAGAGAGAGAGCUGCGUCGCAAGCACGCCAUGGAAGUCCGUCAGCAGCCCAAGAGCCUCAAGUCCAAAGAGCUGCAGAUCAAGAAACAGUUCCAGGACACGUGUAAGAUCCAGACGCGACAGUACAAGGCUCUGAGGAACCACUUGCUGGAAACCACGCCAAAGUCGGACCACAAGAGCAUGCUGAAGAGGCUAAAGGAGGAGCAGACCCGCAAGCUGGCCAUCCUGGCCGAGCAGUACGACCACUCCAUCAACGAGAUGCUCUCCACGCAGGCUUUGCGUUUGGAUGAAACUCAGGAGGCGGAGUGUCAGGUGCUGAGGAUGCAGCUGCAGCAGGAGCUGGAGCUACUGAACGCCUACCAGAGUAAGAUCAAGAUGCAGACAGAGGCCCAGCAGGAGCGUGAGAGGAAAGAGCUAGAACAGAGAGUGUCCCUGCGUAGAGCACUGCUCGAACAGAAGAUUGAGGAAGAGAUGAUGGCCCUGCAGAACGAGCGUUCAGAGCGGAUCCGGAGCCUGCUGGAGCGGCAGGCGCGAGAGAUAGAGGCCUUCGACUCGGAGAGCAUGCGUCUGGGCUUUAACAACAUGGUCUUGGCCGACAUCUCUCCCGAGGGCCUCAGCCACAGCUUCCCCGGGGCCCCGGCCAGCUGGGUCUCUCACCAGUCCCACUCCCUGCUCCAGGGCCCCCACUCCGGGGCCGGUCACUACUACCACUCCAGUCAGGGAGGGGCCCACGGCCCACCGGGCUACAGCCAAGGCGUCCCGGGAGGCGCGCCCACACAGUGGUGCAUCGCCUCCUCUGGGUCGCUGGGGCCGCGGGACAGCCCCCAAGCUUUGAGGAGGACCACCUCAGGGGGGCGUGGGGAGCAAGGAAUGAGCAGGAGCACCAGCAUCACCUCUCAGAUCUCCAACGGCUCACACCUGUCCUACACAUAA